UAUGUCAGUGUGCAUUUUCGUCUAUUCAUAUACAUUUAAGUUCAUCAACGGUGUUCCUGUGCGUCUUUCGCGUGAUCUUUGUUUUAAUUAAUUUUUGAGUUUCUCCCUCUCUCGAGGGUUUCGACAGUAACACCGUAUACCAGUUUUUGGCCAGUAUCUUAUAUUCCUCUUGGGAAUUAGGGGCCACUCAAAUUAAAGAAAGAAGUUCAUCAACGUCCUAUGCCACGUGGGUCGUAUACACUCCGCUCUAAACUUUCGUUCAAGCUUUUCUAUUUAGUGCAUAUAUAAUAUUUUUUAAUUAGUGAUAUAUAAUAAAACUAAACUAGUGAAUAACGUGAAUAACAUUGCGAGCUUCUUUUUCCAUGGCUACUAUAAUUUCUUUACCCGACGAAGUGAUUGAUAUCAUUCUGGGAGAUGAAAAUGUCAGCAUUAAGGAUGUCGUGAGUUUUAAAUCCACGUGUAAAAAAUUCCACGAAAUAAUACAUAGUAAAAAAGUUUGGGAAAAGAAAUUUUAUCAAAGGUGUCCUUCUGCGAGAAAAAAGUAUAAUACAGAGAAAAGGGAAAACAUUUUUAAACACUUAGAUUUUAAAGAAAAAAUAAAAGCAAACAUUAAAUGCAUCAAAUCUCUACAACAUUAUGCACAUCUGAUGUUGAAAGAAAAUUUAUCGGAUACUGACAAAAAAAAAUUAGGACACCUUUUGAUUUUCAUAGCUGAAGAUUCCAUGACUUAUUACUUUGUUUUGGAUGAAAUAAAUACAAUCAUCAUUUCUCUAUAUACCUAUUUGAGGAAUUUAGACUUAGAUUUGGAUAUUAAAUACAACUUUGAUCAAAUUAAUUGCCAUCUGAGACAGUAUCGAUUUAUAUAUAAACUAAAUAAAUUUCUAAACAUGCCAAAGGAGAAAAGACUUUUUGAACGAUAUUUUAUUAUUAUUGUGGCACAUUUUCAGCCAUGUGUGUCUUACUCGGUCAUAGAAACGUUUUUAGAUGAUUUAGCGCAUGAAGUACUUUCCCUUAUUAAAAAUAAAUAUCCUAAGCAUUCUAUAUUUUCAACGUCUCUUGAGCAAAUUUCGUUUUGGAGAGACAACAAUAUCGAACGUAAUUUCUGGAAUCUAAUGGAAGCAAAGCAAAUUAUAGAAAUUCUUGACGAUUUUAUAGAAUGCGAGAAUUUUAAAUUUAAAUUAUCUGAACUAUCGAAAACAUUAGAUACAGAAUGCAAAUAUAUAAUUGAUUAUCUAAACAAUGAAGGAUUUUUAUCAACUAUUAUAUAUCAGUGCGUGGCUAGAAGACUUGGGAUAUAUUGCUGUUCAACGUUUGCAACCUUUCGUUUAAAUGACUCGGAUAUAAAUAUGUGGAAGCCGAAAUUUAAUAUAGAGGAUAUGGUGAUGGGAAAAUAUUAUUUUAAGGAUUGUAUACAUCAUUCACAUUCUAUAAUGCAACAAGAAUGCAAUGUAUGUAGAAAUCCACUCGAAUUGCGUUUCUGUAAUGCAGAAAUGGAAUGGACAUAUAAUGAAUUAUGUGAUAGCUUAAAUGAUAUAAAGGUCAUAACAAGAAUAAUAUUCUAUCUGUGUGAAUCACUGAAUUUGAUCAGUGAUGAGCUAUAUAAAUAUUAUGGUUGGAGCGAAGCAGUUAGCUCUAGUGUAUUUAUUUACCUAAAUCAAUGGUUCAGACGAUAUGAUAAUAUUAAAGGAAUAAAUAUUGAAGCUGAAUACAUUAAUAUUACAGAGUCAAUACAGGACAGAAAUGACCCUCUCUUUCGCAACAGAAAUGAAUCAUGGUAUAUAGAAAAUAAAAACAAAUAUGCAAAUAAUUUGUAUGAAGUUGGUACGAUAUUAUGGGCUCUAUGCACGUAUCUGAUGGAACCCGACGUUGCCGAUUUCAGGGGGCUCCGACUGACAAACAAUAGAAGGUAACUUUCGUGAAGGGGUCCCCAAAACCAAAUGUGCCAGGGGCCACCAUAUGACUAAAGACGGCCCUGGGUAUAAUCAUAAGAACGUCAGACGAAUUUGAUGGUGUGAUAAUUGGUUGGCAUCUUGAAUGUGAUGAUGUAUUCACUAAUCUAUUGCAGGAAUUGAAUGAUAUUAAUCUUGAUGACUAUUAUCCAUUGAAUAAAUUGAAUCAUCCAUCUAUAUCAGGGAAUCUAUAUCUACUUCACAAGUUGACAAAUUUCGAGAAUUGUUAUUAUAGAUUCAGUCGACCAACUUAUCGUAUGGAACAACCGCAUUGUUUAAUUCUCACAGAUAGCAAUGGAAUACGUUAUGUGGGACAAAAUAUAAAUAUUAAUAGCAUCUUUCUUUUUGGUAUUAUUACCUACCUGUACGAUAUGAAAUUUAUCAAUUUUAUUUUAGAUUUUAUUUACUGUAUCGAAAUGCCUAACAAAUAAACGAUCACAAUUGAUCUAUAAUGCAGAAAUAGGGAGAUACUUCACUAGAUUCGAAGAUAUUCAUUACGUACCAAAUGAAAACCUGGCAAAACUAUAUUCAGACGAUACUGCUGCUAUUCUUGAAAUACUUUGC